CAAACACGCCCAUUAUCAGCAGCACAGCCACACUGGGCGGUGGUAAGUGAUAAAUGAUCUAUUAUUUUGUGAAGUUCCCGUUAAUUUCAUUUUAAGUAAACACAUUAGAAACGUAUGUCUAAACGUCUUCUUAAAGCAUCUCAGCUGUCUGAAAAAUAGUUCGCUAGAUACCGGUAUCUAUCUCUGUGUGCUGAUGGCUAAGUUGAGCUAGCUAGCUAGCUAGGGGUGUAGCUAGCUGGGAAGCUUGCUAUCUUUGAGCAGCCGGUUGCAAUCUUGACUUUUAUGUGUCACCAGCAACACACAGCCCACAAAAAUAAUAAUGUUGGAGAAGACUGGGUCCUUUCUGAUUUUGCAAUCGUUUUAUUGCAUUUCAGUCGUGGUCGUUGUCUCUUCGAGUUGAGCUGAACGUUGCAGACAUGGCCUGUCGCAGGAUCACACAGGAGACCUUCGAUGCGGUGGUCAAGGAAAACAUCGAGGAGUUCGACAUGGACGCUGCGGAGGCCUUGAGGGAAGCGGUAGAGCAGUUUGAGUCUCAAGGUAUAGUAACGUUACAUGAUUUGAUCUGAAUCGUAGGAGAAACAUGCACGCGUAGUGUAACUCAACCGUAUGAUAGGCAAUGUAUAAGAUACAUCCCUGAUCCUGGAUAAAUCUUCCUUCUCCAAUGUUUUGCCUCCGUAUUCCCCAGGGGUGGACCUCAGCUGUAUAGUGAAAGCUGUGCCGACAGCAGGUGAUGACCAAACAGAGGAGCAUGAGGUCCUUCAGGUUGGUAUGGAAUAUAUUCUGCACUGAAGACAACACAACAUAAGUCAUCACCACUUGCAGCACUUGUCUCCAAUCAAUGUUGUAGGUUUACAUUUCACAGAAAAGUACAGGAUGCCACCCAUCAUGCCACAGCUCUGUACCGUUUCUAUUUACAGGCCCUGGAAUCCAUUCAAAUAGCGUCUGACAAUAGUAUGGCUGCAGAUCUGAAACGCUUCACUGAGCAGUGCUCUCUUGGCUUCGCCCAGAGGCAUCUGGCAGCCCAGAAAGAUGCCUAUCCUACAAUCAUCUCCUGCUGUAGAAAGACACUGGAUGAACAGGAGGCUCUGCUGGCCUCUCUCUCUGCCCUGGCCGCUCUGACAGAUGGCCAGCCAGACCUCCUUGACUUGGAGGGCAAGGAGCUCCUUGUGAGCAUCCUUGGCAUGUACCAGACAGACCCUGCACUGAUGUUAGUUGCCAUCCGUACGGUACGCCAUUGCUGUUUGAAGCACGAGCAGAACAGGCAGGAUUUGGUGAAGGCUGGAGUGCUGCCGUUGCUAACCGGCACCAUCAAGCGACACACUGGACGCUCCGAUCUGGUCAAGGAGGCCUGUAAUGCCCUCCGGUACAUGACCUUUGACGACGACAUAAGAGUUCCUUUUGGACAGGCUCACGAACACGCCAAGAUGAUUGUUAUGGAACACAAUGGGUUGAAAGUCAUUGUGGAGGCUGCCAAAGGUAAUAGAGAUGGCCAAAGGAAGAUACUAAGAAAGAUAAUGAUAGCUUUGAGUAUUUAUGAUGGUAGAUUCACAUGUUUUAUUCUUGGUGAAUCACUUCUUCGCUGUUUAUUUUCUCCCUCUCAGCACACCCCGAGAAUAGCCCUCUCCUCAGUGUCCUGUGUGCUACUCUGUCCAGCCUGGCCGUGAGGAACGAGUUCUGUCAGGACAUCUGUGACCUGGGAGGGUUAAAGUUCAUGAUGACCCUGCUGGCAGACAGUUAUGAGUCCCAGGUAAGUUAUGCUGACAAAAGUGCCUCAGACCAGCCUUUUUCAAACCUCUCCUCGGGGACCCCCAGCCGUUCCAUGUAUUUGAACUAUUCCAGAACUAGCAUACCUGAUUCAACUUGUCAUCAAGCCUUUUAGUACUUGAAUUGGGGGUGUAUUCACUAGGAACCAAAUAGAAGCAAAUGGAACAGGGAGGGACCUGCCUGAAUUUGUCAAUUAGAAACACUAGUUUUUGUUGCAAAACCUUUUCCGUUGUGAAACAUUUAGCAACUGUUUGCUUUAAUGAAUACACCCCAGGUGCGCUAGUUCAGGGUUACAACAAAAGGGUGAAAUGUCUGCCCCCCCCCCCCCCCCCAAACAAACAAAAAAGUCUGCUUCAGACUACAUUUCUGUCUUUUUUUGGGGGGGGGGGGGACAUUUAUAUUUUUGACUUGUGGUGAUCUGAAUUGCUCACUAAUUACUUAACUUCCCUUGCAGGAACUCACAAGGCAGGUGCUGAGCGCUCUGAGGGCCAUAGCAGGAAAUGAUGAUGUGAAGGAUGCUGUCACAAAUGCCGGUGGAGUACAGCUCAUUGUCAUCGCCAUGAACAGACACAUGGGCAAUGCUCAGGUUAGCCUUCCACUUCAUGUUGUUGACAGUUCACACGUUUCUUCAUAAGUCGUUGAUAUUGUUUAAACAUGUUAUAUAUUUUCGUGGCUUUUAUGUUGUGCCCAUAUCUCCUGUCUGUAGGUCUGUGAGCAGGGCUGUGCUGCUCUCUCUGUGGUUGCUCUGCGCAAACCCAACAACUGCCAAGUCAUUAUGGAGGAAGGCGGUGCGCUGGCAGCUCUGCUGGCUAUGAAGACCCAUCCUGAUGAGGUCAAUGUGCAGGUAAUACGAGGAUACUGUUGUGGAAAUUGUUACACAGGGACACUCGAAGUCAAUCUUAAAUGAAUCAUUGUUUAUUGUCAGCGCGCUGGAGUGGUGACGUCUGUCAGUCCCGUUAGUUCCCUUAUUUACUGACAAGUUAUAUUUGCAUGAUUUAGCUUAUUCAUCAUUCAUAAUUAAUGUUUGCUUCAUUCAUUUGACGACCAAUACUGGGUGAUGCAUGUGACAGACCAAUACCUCACAAGGCUUCUUCUCUCUAAGCUGAGACCGUGAAACAAGGUUCUGGGCGUACUGCCAAAUUGCAGAUACUGAUAGUGAGGAUUAGUUCAAUCAGUCACUUGCAUGAACACAGAAAUUGGUUUAUAGAAAAGCACAAACAUAGAAAUUGGUAAAUAGAAAAGCACAAACAUAAAAAUGUCCAUCACAAUACAAGAAGUAAUCAGUUCCCCAUCGGCACUACAUAGGGCUAUAACUGGUGAUCAAACCUUUUUUAACCUGCCACCUUUAUGUAAUACCAUAUUUCUCUCUCUCUCUCUCUCUGUUCCCCAGAAACAGGGAUGUAUGCUGCUGAGGAACCUAGUGGCACGCAUGACUCAAUUCAACCAGCCCAUCCUGGAGAUGGGAGCAGAGGCCCUCAUCGCCCAGGCCCUGGCGGCCCACCGGGACUGCGGGGAUCUGGCCAAAGCUGCCCUUAGGGACCUUGGCUGCCAGGUGGAGCUCCGAGAGCUGUGGACGGGCAAGAAGGGCAGCCUCACCAGAGAUUGACAUUAAGGUCUGAUAGGCCCUCGGUCACCCACCCUGGUCCGGAGGAUGUACAGGAUGUGCAUGCUUUUGUUCCAGCCCAGCUAUAACAACCCUGAUUGAUCUAAUUUACUGCUAAUUUGAACAGGACAUGUGUGUCAAUUCUAGGCUGUAAUAAAAGCUUGCACACUCUGCAGCUCUCCAGAACCAGGGUUGGGGACCACUACACUCAGAACACCUGAACACAGUCAAUAAAGCCGCUAAUCCUAGUGGCCUCCUCAAGUUUCUGAUAUGCCUGGGAAGCAGAGUUGUAUGACGGGGUACAGAGCGGGAUAAAGCUGUUGGACACAAGUGUUUUUAAAUGUAUUAUUAUUUACUGUACAUAUAAUUUUGUUACUUUUUGUAACAAGGUAGUGUUGGAGUGGUUAUAAGUUGUAUUUUUACUUUUACAGCCAUCAUGUUUUAUCUGCAUUUUGUUUGAUAAGUAUUAUAUCCUGAAAAUGUAGUUUUAUUUACUAGGUCUAUUAUAUAGUCUUGAAGUGUACUUAAUUGAAUGCAGACAUGCUUUGUUGCACUCUGUUCUCUCUGUCGGCUUCAUUGUAGUGUGACUUUUGCCUGUACUCCCAAAUUGUUUCUUUGCUGAGCUGGACCUUUUAGAUUUUUAUGAGUAUAAGUGUUAAUUUUUUUUCAAGCAUUCCUUAACAAUACUCCAUGGUUAGAUUAAAUUAGAAGUGAAGUAAUUAAAUUCAGGAAGUGAUUUGAAUUAAACAUUUAAUAAUGGCAAAACUUUUUAAAUCGUUUCUCCUUUCGAAGUCGUUGAAAAUAGGGGCCCUUUUUUCAGUUAUUGAAUUGGAAAUGUAGUUUAUUUACUGAAUUGACUGACUUCAAUUUGACCCCAACCCUUCAACACUUUUACCCUUUUAAGUGUCCCUUUUUAAGUCUACCUGUUAGUCUCCUGUUAUAGUAGGAAAGUGGAAAUUCUGCUACGUGCCAGUCUUCCUCUUCCGCAGAGAGACCGGCAUGUGAACUGAAUGUCAAACAGUGUAUUAAAACCAACAGUCAUAAUGUGUGCAAUUUUUGCUGAUCUAAACUACGUAAUCUCUUUGCAGCUGCAUAAUAUGAAUCUAAAACAUUAUGAAAUCUGAUGUGUGUGUGGGUCUGAUUUAGACUGCCCAAUGGCUUGAGUGUGUUCUACCUACAUCUGCGUGUAUUCUAGUGGUGAAAGCAAAGUAGACACCAGCACACUGGUGAAUGCUCA